AUGAAUAACAUAAAAGAUAAACGUAUAAAGAAACAAAUACAAAAAAGAACCAAAUUAUAUAAUACUAAAAAGGAAGAAAAAAAUAUGGAAAUAUCAUCUACCAAGCUUAAAGAAAUCCGUAUGAAUGCACAAAAUGACAUUAUAGAUGAUGAUAUGCUUACCCCCAGAGCUUUUGAUAGAACAAAAAAAAGUAUGGGAGCAAAAAGUUUUGUAAUGAAUAUAUCGGAAAAUAAUGAAUCUAAAAACAAAGAUCUAAAGAAAGAAGAAAUAAUAAAUAAUAAUUUAAACAAUAAAAUGUUAAACAAUAAUCAAUGCAAUAAGAAUAAUGGAUACUAUAACAAUAAUAAUAAUAAUAAUACAUACAAUGGAAUAUUAAAUAAUGAUGAUAGAAAUAAUUAUGAAUAUAAUCAUAAUAAAAAUAUGAUGAGUCCUAACAAAAGAAAUAUACCUGAUUGUAAUGAUAGUACUACUACUGAUAAUAGUAGAUAUAUAAAUUGCGAUAAUGAUAAUUAUAAUAAUUCAAUGAAACAAAAUGUAUCUUCUUUUAUGAAUGCAGGAUGGCAAACCCCUAAAAAAAGUAAUGUAGGUUCAUAUUACACCGGAAUUGAUCAUCCAUCAACUUUAAAAAAAUAUAAAACUCCUUGUGAAAAAGAUAUGUUAGAACCUGAUGAGAGUUUAAUAGGUAAUAAAUGUAUAACUAUCAAUAAUUAUGUAAAUCCACCUAAAUAUAUUAAUAAUUUAGUAACACCUAGUAAAUUCCCUUUAUCUGGUGAAAAUGAUGAUUUUAUGUCAUAUGAAGAUUUUAAAGGUCUAUUCAAACACAAUGCUUGUUUAAUAAGUGAAUACGAAUAUAAUAAUGAUAAAUCACCCACCUCAUUAUUAGAUAAUUGUAGUAAACAAUACCUUGAAGAAUUAAAUGAUAAUAAUCAAAAUAAUGCUUGGCCAAAAAAAAAAGAUAACUAUGCAUCUCCACAAAAAAGUAAUACUAUUCUGCAAGGUAGUAAUAAUAUAAUUAGUAAUAAUAAUUUUAAUAAUAAUAAUUAUAGUAACUUUAAUAAUAAUAAUAAUAAGGAGUCUCCUAGAAGUAAGAAAAAAAGAUACGAUACACACAAAAAUAUUAGCACCAGAAAAAUAUUAAAUAUUGUCGUUUCAAAUGGGAAAAGAAAGGAAGACUAUAAUGAAGAUUCUUAUAACAGCAGUCUUAAUAGUAAUACUAUGAAAAAAAGAAAAGUUAAUUCAUCAAGUGAAAAAAGUGACCCAUAUGAUCUGGAUUCAAUCGACUAUGAAGUAAAUCCUGUUUUCAAAUCAGAUAUUAAUAGAGAUAAAAAUAAUAAUAUUGAAUUAAAUAAUGAUGGAGAAAAAAACAAGAAAGUUCAAAUAAAUAUUAAUAAUAAUAAAAUACAACAAAAUGAUGAUGAUUUCAACAACAAAUCUGUUAAUGAAAUGAUAAGAGAAAAACAUAAUCCUUUGAGAACAAAAUAUGAAGGGUAUUCUAGCGAUUUAAAUGUUAUAUUUAAUAAUGAAACAGGUACACCAUAUCAAUUAAUAGCAAUGUAUAAAAAUUUGUUAGUUGUAAUAUCAAGACGUAAUCAGAAGAAUGAACCUGUUUUUUUUCAGAUAAUAAGACCAGAAGUUCGAGUUUUAAAUAAUAGUAUUUCAUUUACACAAGAAUUGAUAAAACAAUUAGCUUGGAUAGCUCCUAAUUUAAUUCAAUUAAAUAAAGUUACGAUAACAAAAGAAGUUUUUGAUUCUAAUCAAAGACAUUAUCCAGAAUUUAUUACAGGGAAAAAAAUUGAAGACAUACAAAUUAGAGAACAUACAGAUAAUUGUGAUAAUCUAUAUAAAUAUAGUAACGAAGAGAAAUUAGAAAUGCUUAAAAGAAUUAUAAUUAAUUGGGUAAAUAAGAAACAUAAUGAAUUUUUAAAAAAUAUAAAUCCAAAUUUUUAUUUAGCAAAAUAUUCACAACUAAAAAAAUGGCACUCUAAUUUUAAUUAUGAAGAAAUUGUAUUUCCUUCAGUUACUCUAGAAGAGAAUAAAGUUCUUCCACAUUUAGCUCGCACACCUCAAGAAAGUAAUGCAGAUGAUUUUAUUGUAAUACAAGAUAGUCCUAUUAAAUGUGCAACUAAUGAUUUAAGAAAAAACGGUACAUUUUUACAAGAUAUGGAAAAGGAAAAAACAAGAACACCUUUAGGAAAAAAUCGUAGAAGAGGUUCUACAUAUUUAGGUGCCAUAGGUGCAUAUAAUAACAACCAAAUGGAAGAUUCUCCUUCUAAAAAAAAAGAAACAAAAAAUAUGAAAAAUAUUAGAGAAGAAGCAAAUAAGAAGAAAAUUAUUAAAGAAAUAAAAAUGGAAAUUGAUAAAGAAUUUGAUGAAUUAUUAGAUCAUAAGAAAAAAUUAGAAAAUGCUUUAUGGAUUGCUGAAAUAAUACAUGAUUCUUUUAUUGUUCAAGGUACUCAUACCGUAAUUGAAAUUCAAACAUUUGCAAAAAAAUUAUCAGAUAAAUAUAAAAGUAAUAAAGAUUUUCUAAUGGAUCAAAAUUAUAUUGCACAAAUUAUAGAAUUAUUACCACAAUAUAUUAAUGAUAUAAAUAUCAAACCUGGUAUGAUGAACAAAAAUAAAAAAAAUCUUUCUGUGAAAUCUAAGAAAAAUCUUUACAAUUUUCUAGAACCACUUUCAAAUGAAAUAAACACACUUAAUAAAAAAUAUCAAGAUUUAAAAAAUAAUAAAGAAAACAAAUUAAUAGAUCUUUGGAAAAAUUAUAAUGUUCAAUAUGAACUCACCGAGAACAUUAAAAAAUAUUUUUUAAAUCCCGGAUCUAUAAGUUUAGCUGAUAUAUGA